AUGGUUGCCCUCCCCACCUGGGCCCUGCAAGUGGCUUGCUACUACGGUCUUAUAACUUGCAAGACAUCCCCCGGUGUUUGGCCCUCGAAGCCUUCAGUGGUUGCUUAUGAGCCUCCAAGGACCACCGCCACUACUCAUAAGACUACCACCACUACUACUCUCAAGACUACUACGAGUAUUGUGAACCCGGCCACCACCAACACCAGCACCAUUCAUUCAACUACUACUACUGCUGGCUUGACUAUUGCUACUUCUUCUUCGACUUACACUAUUUCUUCGACUACUGUGACAAUCGCUUUGCCCUCUGACACAAGUGUCAUUAUUACCAUUCCCGUCGAGACUAGUUCCACAGUUACAACUUCGCCUUCGAGCUUUGUAACCUCGACCUUAUCAUCCUCGAGUUCUGCUUCUUCCUCGAGCUCACCUACGUCUUCAGCUCUUUCAAGCUCUGUUGAACCUAGUUCUGUUGUUGCUUCCAGUUCUGUUGUUGCUUCCAGUUCUGUUGUUGCUUCCAGUUCUGUUGUUGCUUCCAGUUCUGUUGUUGCUUCCAGCUCUGUUGUUGUUUCCAGUUCUGUUGUUGCUUCCAGCUCUGUUGUUGCUUCCAGUUCUGUUGUUGCUUCCAGCUCUGUUGCUACCACCAGCUCCGCUAUCUCGAGCUCCGCUGUCAUCUCUAGCUCUGCUAUCUCUAGCACCCCUGCCUCCAGUUCAGUCGCUUCAAGCUCUGCUGCUUCUAGUUCCGCUGCCCCUAGCUCCCCUAGCUCCCCUAUCUCUUCGAGCUCUUUGAUCGCAUCUUUGACCUCAUCCGCCAUGUCUUCCUCUGUCGUAUCUAUCUCUGCCUCGGCUAGUGCUUCCGCUACUGCCAUCAGUCAUGCCACCGUUGCCAACAAUAUUUUGGUCAUUGCUAAGGACACCGCUUCCGCUGGUGUUGCCUCCUCUGGUCUUAACGCCUACGGUAUUCCUUUCACUACUCUGAUUGUCCCCUCGACUGGUGUCGAUCUCCCAACUUUGAACACCACCACUGGAGGUAACUUCGGUGGUAUCGUCGUUGCCUCGCAAGUCAGUUACGAGUAUGAUACCACAUAUGCCAGUGCCUUGACCACUGAACAGUGGAACCAGCUUUAUGCUUACCAGCUCGAGUACGGCGUUCGCAUGGUUCAGUACGAUGUCUUCCCCGGUCCUGACUUCGGCGCCACCGACGUGACUGGCUGCUGUAAUUCUGGUGUUGAGCAGUUGAUUUCUUUCACUGAUGUUAGUGACUUCCCUACCUCUGGUCUGAAGACUGGCGCUGGUGUCAGCACUGAGGGUCUGUGGCAUUACCCGGCUACUAUCAGCAACACCACUUCCACCAAGCAGAUUGCUUCUUUUGCCGCCAACAGUGUUGUUGACACCGAAACUGUUGCUGCUGUCAUCAAUGACUUUGAUGGCCGUCAGCAGAUGGUCUUCUUCAUCUCGUUUGAUACUACUUGGAGUGCGACUUCAAGCUACCUGCAGCACGCUUGGAUUACCUGGAUCACCCACGGCUUGCACGCCGGGUACCGUCGGGUCAACCUGAACACCCAGAUUGAUGACAUGUUCCUUGAGACCGACAUCUAUUAUUCCGCAAGCGGGGCUGCUGAGACUUUCCGUAUUCGCACCGAGGAUAUGGAGGGCAUCAAGGAUUGGAUCCCCACUAUCCUCGCCAAGAUGAACGCCGGCAGUGUCUACUUCCCUGAAGUUGGCCACAACGGUAACGGAAACAUUGAGAACUCUUCCAACACCGACGCUGGAUAUACUGCCUGCAAUGGCGGUGCCAUCGAGUACGACUCUCCCGCGGACACUGCCCUCGAGUUCCAGAAACCCCUUGGUACCGGAACUAACCUGUGGCCUGCUAAGCCUACCGUCUACGAUUGGACCGUCGCCUGCACCAAGAUGGAUCCUCUUCUCAACUGGUGGACCACCGCCGAGAAUCUGAACAGCUUCGGUGUCAUCUCUCACACUUUCACACACGAAGAGCAAGAUAAUGCCACUUACUCCGAUAUUUAUAAGGAGAUCAGCUUCAACCAGGCUUGGAUCAAGCAGGUCGGACUCGACCAGGGUGCGCACUGGACCGACAACGGCAUCAUUCCUCCGGCCAUCACCGGUCUGCACAACGGCGACGCUCUCCAGGCCUGGUGGGACAAUGGCAUCACUAACUGUGUUGGUGACAACACCCGUCCCGCUCUUCUGAACACCCAGAACGUUCACUGGCCCUACUGGACCGUGACUGCAACCGACGGUUUCAAUGGUAUGCAGGUCAACCCCCGCUGGGCUACCCGUAUCUACUACAACUGUGAUACUCCGGCUUGUACUCUGCAGGAGUGGAUCGCUACCUCCGCCGGCAGUGGUACCUUCGAUGACCUCCUCGCCACUGAGAAGGCUGACACCAUGCGCCACCUAUUCGGUCUCUACCGUGAGGGCUACAUGUUCCACCAGGCCAACCUGCGAAACGCCGAUGUCGCCGAGAUCACCAUCAAUGGGGUUUCCGCCAAGUACUCCAUCUUCCAGGCCUGGGUCGAAACUCAGGUCCAGGAAUUCGUCCGUCUCGCCGACUGGCCCCUUGUCACCCUCACGCACGCCGAUAUGUCCGCUGGCUUCCUCGCCCGUUACAACCGUGAUAAGUGUGGGUACACUCUCAGCUACACCACUGCCAAUUCUAAGAUAACUGCCGUCACUGUGGGCUCUAGCGACAACAGCUGUGCUGAGCCUAUUCCUGUGACUUUCUCAGUUGCUCCUACUAGCACCCAGGGAUUUACUACCGAGCAGCUCGGCAGCGACCCCCUCACUGUUUGGGUGCAGCUCUCUGGCUCGCCCGUGACUUUCACACUGUCCACUCCUAUUGCUCUUGUCUAA